CCUCCAUGUUAGUCGAUUCAAUCGGUAGGUGCAGCAAUAGCUGAGCCCAUUGAACGUCCAAAUUCUGCAAUCUGUAUCUAAAGCAAUAACGAAGCAUCAGCUAUCAAAGCAUUAAUGGGUAACGUGAGAAAAUUACUGCCGCUUCUGUUUAUUUCUGCACUGGUUCCUAUUGAUUCUGAGGGGUCAUCAAACGGAGCGUACUACUAUGGAAAUCCCUACGUACAGGCUUCCGGCUGGAGUAGUCAACCAAAGAACGGCGCCGACCCAAGAACAGUAGAAAACAACCAGUGGAAUAACUACCAGCAGAUUGGUCUUCGCAAUACUUACCCACGGCCUAACAGUAUAUCGGAUAGAUCAAAGUUCGCUCGAGAUUAUUAUGAUUGGCGAAACAAUAUGCCGGAUCCAGCCCAAAUGGGACGUAGCUAUGACUACUAUCAGCCAUUUUGGGGAGGAGGAUACCCGAUGCGUCAACCGCCGAUUGGUUACCCGACCGGUUAUCGAUCGUACAGUUCGUGGUACGGUCGCCGCAGUGGUCCACCGGAUUACUACAACUAUCCGUACUAUGACCCUAGAAUGGCAUGGGAUGAUUGUUGCCCAAGAAGACGAACCAACAGUAGAAGAGAUGAUUACAGCUACUGGGAUAAGGCGAAUUACGACGAUGUGACCACAACGAUGAAACCUGUCUCCACUACGAUUCGACCCACCACCAGAAAACCAAAACUAUUCGUUCCCAAUGUGUGGGGCUAGCCGAUCAUGAACAUGU